AUGAGGAGAAUCUCCUCUUUACUACUGAAACAACCUUCUCCUUCCUCACACAUCCACUUCCCCUUUCCCCCUCACCUCCAAACUCAUUCCCCACACAACCACAAUGCCACACCACCACCACCUUCCCAUUCAUUUCUCCACUCCUUCAAAACCCUGUCUCUCCCUCCCCCAGAACUCGUCGAACCUUUCUGCGACCUCUCCGAUGUCGUUUCCUCUAAAGAAAACCUCCAACCCUCUCCAUGGUUUACACAAAUCCUCAACCUCCUCGACAAUUCACCAUCCAUGGAAUCAAACCUCAAUUCCUUCUGCCGUCAAUUUCUCAUCACACUCUCCCCCUCCUUCGUCGCCCACACUCUCCGUUCCCUCAACAACCACCACACCGCCCUCCGUUUCUUCACCUGGGCUUCCAACCAACCUAACUACUCACAUUCCCUCGAUUGCUACGUUUCACUAAUUGACCUCCCCCUCUCUCCCUCAAACACCACCACAUCAACCGCCGCAGCAGCAUUAAAUGUUUUCGCAGAACUUCAACGCAACCGCCUCCCGCUUACAUCCCUGUCCGCCAAUUCCCUCAUCAAAAGCUUUGGUAACGCCGGCUUAGUGAACGGGCUUCUCUUGGUAUGGCGGGGAAUGAACAAACAAAACAUCCAGCCGAGUCUUUUCACUUACAAUUCGCUUCUUAACGGACUCGUUGGUUCGUCUUUUAUUGAAUCAGUCGAGCGUGUUUUCGACGCGAUGAAAGAAGGAAGAAUAAAGCCUGAUGUGGUAACCUACAAUACUUUGAUCAAAGGGUAUUGUAAAAUUGGGAAAACACGCAAGGCGGGUGAGAUGGUUUGCGAAAUGGAGGUAAUUAACUUGGAACCGAAUGUUGUUAGUUAUAUGACAAUAAUGCAGGCUUGUUAUGCUGAAGGUGAUGUUGAUUGUUGUUUGAGUCUUUACCAUGAGAUGGAGGAUAAGGGGUUUGAUGUUCCUUCUCAUUGUUAUAGUUUGGUGAUAUGCGGGCUUUGUAAGACGGGGAAGGUUUUAGAAGCUUAUGCUUUGUUUGAGAAUAUGAUGAGAAAUGGUUGUAAGGGUAAUAAGGCUGUUUACACUGCUUUGAUUGAUUGUUAUGGGAAGAGUGGAAAUUCUGAUGGGGCUUUAAGGUUGUUUGAGAGGAUGAAAAUGGAUGGGAUCGAACCUGAUGAGGUUACCUAUGGGGCUAUUGUUAAUGGAUUAUGCAAGAGUGGGAGAGUGGAGGAAGCUUUGGGUUAUUUUUGGUUUUGUAAUGAGAAUGGUGUUGUUGUCAAUGCUGUUUUUUAUUCUAGUUUGAUUGAUGGACUUGGAAAGGCAGGGAGGGUUGAUGAAGCUGAGAAGGUGUUUGAUGAAAUGGCUGAGAAGGGUUGUCUGCCGAAUUCAUAUUGCUACAAUGCGCUCAUUGAUGGACUGUGUAAGUGUGGGAGGAUAGAUGAUGCUCUAGCGCUGUUUAAAAGGAUGGAGUGUGAUGGCUGUGAGCAUACUGUGUAUAUAUUUACUAUACUUAUCAGUGAGCUUUUUAGGGUGCAUAGGAAUGAAGAGGCGGUCAAGAUGCGGGAUUUGAUGAUUGACAAAGGGAUAACGCCGAACGUUGCUUGUUUUAGGGCUCUUUCGAUUGGAUUGUGUCUUUCGGGGAAAGUUGCGAGGGCUUGUAAAGUGCUGGAUGAGCUUGCACCUAUGGGGGUUGUUCUUAAAACGGCUUAUGAAGAUAUGAUUGGAGCACUGUGUAAAGCCGGCCGUGUGAAGGAGGCUUGUAAGUUGGCUGAUGGAAUUGUGGAUAGGGGUAGAGAAAUACCCGGGAAGAUUAGAACUUUGAUGAUUCAUUCCUUAAGGAAAGCUGGAAAUGCUGAUUUGGCUAUCAAGUUGAUGCAUAGCAGGAUUGGUAUUGGUAUUGGGUAUGAACGAAUGAGGAGCGUUAAAAAGAGAGUCAAGUUUCAAACCCUUAUUGACAACUGA